AUGAACGGCGACAACAGAGAAUCUCAGCCAAACUUGUUGCAAAGGAAAAGUUCGGGCUUCUAUAAUGCGUUUAUUGUUCUGUCUGUCUUCAACAUUUUCCUCGCCAUCACGGCGACCCUGGGAAAUACUUUGAUUUUCCUCGCUCUUGGAAGGCGUUCUUGUCUUCAUGCACCAUCAAAGCUAUUAAUCCGCUCCCUGGCGUUUACAGAUCUCUGUGUUGGUCUCAUUUCUCAGCCAUUAGCUGCUCUUCACGCCGUUUCUAUUCUGACUAAACAUUUGGAGAUCUUUCAAUUCACCGUUGUAUCAAGCUAUGUAACCAGUGCAGUUUUAAGCGGAGUGUCUCUCUUCGUUCUAACCUUUAUCAGCAUCGAUAGAUUGCUAGCUCUGUCGCUUGGAGUACGAUAUAGACAAACUGUGACCGCUAGGCGAGUCCGUAUUUUUGUGAUCUUCAUCUGGGCAGUAAAUAUCGCCAACGCGACCAUUCGCUUCUUGGGAAACAGAUUUCUCUUUCAUAUUGUUUGCCUCUCAGGCAUUUUGCUUUGCGUAGUAGUUUCGACAUUUUGUUACGGAAUGAUUUGCCGCACUCUCCGUUUGCAAAGCAUGAAAGUCCGGGCCACUGUCUCUGAAGGACAACCGAAUGAAAGGUCUCCGCUGCACGUCGAAAGGUACAAGAAAACAGUUUCAAGUGCGCUGUGGGUUCAUUUCACAUUGUUGGUGUGUUAUCUACCGUACAGCAUAGUUUCGGGACUGAAGGCCAUAACUGGAGACACUUUUGCAGUCGCCGAGGGGUUCACGGCAACCUUAGUCUUCUUCAAUUCAUCGGUGAACCCUGUUCUGUAUUGUUGGCGAAUCAGGGAAGUGAGACAAGCUGUGAAAGAAACCAUCAGGCAAUACUGCGGUUUUUCAAUUGGAGCCCAAAGUGAGAUAACCGAAGAAACGGCGUGUUAA